AUGCCUCCCAGUCGCUCGCAGCUCAUCGCCACGGCAAACGCCUUCGUCGCCGCCUACAACAAAUGGACCGUCCCCGACGUCCUCUCCAUCCGCAGCCCAACAUGCAAGCACCACCUCCUCCCCGGCACCAAGCUGCCCUCCAGAAACAACCAGGAGUUUGCCGAGUUCCUCGAGCGCAUAAUUCCCAUCAUCCGCAACUUUCGUCUGCACGUCGUGGACACGACGCCGCCGGUGGUGGACGUGGAGGCGCGGAAGGUGAUGAUGCAUCUGAAGAGCUCUGCGGAGACGGAUGUCGGGCCGUAUGAGAAUGAGUACUUUUUUGUGCUUACGGUUAGUGAGGAUGGGGAGAAGAUUGAUGAGGUUGUGGAGUUUUUGGAUACGGCGUAUACGGCUGAGUUUAUGGAGAGGCUGAGCAAGACGGGACAGACGUUGGCAUAG